AUGAAGAAGAAGAUGAAGGGUCACUUCCUUCCCUUCGGCUACACGCAAACCUUGUUUCAGCGACUUCAUGCGUUGAGGCAGGGCGCGCGAUCAGUCGAUGAUUACACGGAGGAGUUUUACCAAUUGGUCGCCCGGAACGAUUUAUCUGAGGCGGAGGAGCAGAUGGUGGCGCGGUAUUUGGGGGGUUUGCGCCAGCCCUUACAAGAUGUCCUCAGCCUUCAUUCACUAUGGAAUGUUUCGGAGGCCUACCAGCGUGCACUUGCUGUUGAAAAACAACAAAACAGGAGACCACUGAUUAGGAGCGAUCAAAACAGUCGACCAGUUCGCCCUCAGGAUUCCCUUCCUGUCCAACAGCCUCUGCAGGGUAAUUCUAACCCUACUAUUAGAUGUUUUCGUUGUGGUGAACAGGGGCAUAGGGCGACUGAUUGCAGAAAGCCUGCUAAUCAAAAGGGCAAAAAUUUGUUGAUUGAGGACAACAUGGUAGACGAGACUGAGGAGAUUGGCGAGCCCAUGUAUGAUGAUGAUGAGACUGAUGAUGUGCUGUAUGGAGAUGGUCAUGAGACUUUGGUCGUUCGCAAGAGUCUACUGACUCCCAAGGGCGAUUCAGGGGACGAUUGGUUGAGAACCAAUAUUUUUCACACAACCUGCACAGUUGCAGAUAAAGUCUGCAAAAUGAUCAUUGACAGCAGCAGCUGUGAGAAUGUAGUGUCCGAGGAGGUUGUCCAGAAAUUGCAGUUGAAGACGGACUGUCAUCCUAAGCCAUACAAGUUGUCAUGGCUAAAUAAAGGCAGUGAGGUAACAGUUGAUAGGCUAUGCCUCGUGUCUUUUUCAAUUGAUAGAAAAUAUUUCGAUAAUGCCUGGUGUGAUGUUGUGUCUAUGGAUGCGUGUCAUGUACUGUUGGGUCGACCUUGGCAGUAUGAUCGCAGUGUCAUUCAUGAUGGCCGGAAGAAUACGUAUUCCCUUAACAUCAAGGGGAAAAAGAUUGUGUUGGCGCCUCGGCGGGAAGGACUCACUCUUACCUCAGUAGCCAAUAAUACUAACCUGCUUUCCAUGUCCAGGUUUUUAGAUGAGGUUGAGCAUGGAGGCGUGGUCUAUGCUUUACUACCUUGCGAGAAUAGUGCAGUAGAUGUGGAUACAGAUUUACCAGUAGAGGUGCAGCGGCUGCUAGCAGAAUUCUUUGACUUGAUGCCAGAGGAUCUUCCUCCUGGGCUACCGCCUAUAAGGGAUAUUCAGCAUCAAAUUGACCUUGUUCCUGGGUCAAGUUUGCCAAAUCGACCAGCAUAUCGCCUCAGUCCGAAGGAGGCUGAAGAGUUACAACGACAGGUGGUAGAGUUGUUGGAGAGGGGCUAUAUCUGA